CCAAGAAGAACUAGCGAUUUGUAGCCAUUUUGUGUGUUGUGGAACCAGCUGUCUUGUGUAUAUCAAAGUGACUUCCUUAUUAGUUUAACGUGAUAUGUCAAAGACAGCAGUCAUUUAAUAAAGAAAAAAUGCGCAGUGUCAAUGGAAUUGCGCUAAUUGUCUUGAAAUAAAAAAGAUUUGAUAAACAAAUGCUGAAUCAGGAAUUAAAGAUCAUUGGCAUUUUGUAAAACAAAGACAUUUCCUUGUCUACUUUUAUUGACCUUGGCCUGUUCUUCAUAUAUACGAUAUUCUCUACUGUAAAAAACAUCAAUAAAAAAUCAGGCAAAAGGAUGAACGAGGAAAAUGAUCAAAGUGAACAAAGUGAAAAGAUGGGUAAACCAUCGCAUGCCCUUCCAAUGUAUAUUAAUUCCCAUAAACCUUGUGUCAAUAUGUGGAUGGAUAAAAUGGAUAAAGGUGCCCUUUCUCUAUCGAAUUUAAAAGAACACUGGAGAAUUUGGGUGCCAAAAAUUUAUAGUCCCGAGCCAAAUGAUGAUUGUCUCGAUUGGAAUUUCGAUGAGGAUACAGCGAAAAAAAUGCUCUUUAGUACACUCGAGGAAUUUAUUUGUAAUGGGGAGCCACAAAUUGUUUUAAAAUUAUUAAGCGAAUUAGAUAAUCCACCAUCGGUUUGUGGACGUGUUCUUAAAAUGGGUGAACCAACUUAUAAUUGUCGUGAAUGCGGUGUUGAUUCCACGUGUGUAUUGUGUCUCGAUUGUUUUAAACAAUCGGAACAUCGUAAUCAUAAAUAUAAAAUGGGAACAUCGCCUGGCGGUGGUUGUUGUGAUUGUGGCGAUACUGAAGCAUGGAAAAAGGAACCUUAUUGUAAAAUUCAUUUGGCCGGUAUAAGAGCAAGAGAAUCGGGUGCACGUAAAUUACCACAGGAUGUCACUGAUCGUGCUGUUGUUAUAUUUGAAGCGGUUUUGAAAUAUUGUUAUGAAUUAUUAUCAAUGGAACAUACACCAGGUUUACCAUCGGAUUUAUUAUUAAAAGAUACUGAUGAAAAUCCAUUGGGUCUAUUAGCGACAGCUGAUACAUAUUGUACUGUUCUUUAUAAUGAUGAGAUACAUACAUUUGAUCAGGUUAUUAGUACUCUUACACGUGUGAUAAAAUGUACUCAACGUGAUGCAAUUGAAUUUGUCACGAAUAUUGAUCGUGAGGGUAGAACAGUGAUUAAAUGUUCUGGAUUUUCACAUUGUAGUGAAUUAAAAUCAGAAAUUGAACGUUACAUGACAAGGAAUAAUAAUCGACCGUUGAAAGUUCUUGUUGUACAUGCACAUGUGAUAGCGCAUCAAAUAUUUGCCAUGAAAUUAUUAAGAUGGUUGCAGGGUUUUAUUAGUCUUUGUGAAGGUUUUCGAAUAUUGUUCAGUAAUAUUGCGUUAAAUACAAAAUUACCGGAAAUGACAAUUGUUGAAGGUAUAUUGAUGAGGGAUUCACAACUUUGGAAAUCGGCGAGAACUGCUUGGCAUAAAUUAUUUAUUACUGGAAUGCUUAUGGAAUAUGAAAGUAAAAAAGCACUUGCAAUUGUUUUUACACAUAGAUAUGGUUCAGUUAUGAAGGAUUUUAUUCGUGAUGAUCAUGAUCAUUCAUUUUCAAUUGUUUCAUUUUCGGUUCAACUUUAUACGACGCCAACUUUGGCACAUCAUUUGAUUGCACAUCAUGAUGUUUUGUUUAUUUUGUUUAAUACUUUUAUUUCGGAGAGUUCACGUAAAUGUAAUGCUGCCGGUAAACUUGAAUUUGAAAGAAAUUCACCGAAUAUUCCAUUUAAGAGGGCGCAUUUUAUUCUUUAUGAUUUGAGAUAUUUGUUGAGUGUUAAGCCAGAUACAUGGACUGAUGAAUUGAGAAGGGGAUUUUUACAGGGUGUUAAUUUGUUAUUGACACUGUUGUGUAGUAUGCAAUCAAUGGAUGCUGUUGUGAGGCAAGUUGGUCAACAUAUGGAAUAUGAACCCGAAUGGGAGUCGGCUUUUAAUCUUCAUAUAAAAUUAUUUCCGGUUGUUAGUCUUGCUUUAGAAUGGUGUGGUUCUGAUAAAUUGGUAUUGAUAAAAGCAUUUCGUUUGGUUUUGAAGAAACUUUAUGAGCAACCUGAUAGUGGACGUUCACAGGUGAGAGAAUUGGCUGAUUAUAGUACAUCUUGUAUUCAAUAUGAUGUUUCCUCAGAACCGGUGUCAAUACAUCUUCCAUUAUCACGUUUUCUCGCUGGAUUAUUUCUCUAUCUUGAACAAUAUGAUCUUCAUUUUCAAAGUCCGGAAUUUUCGGCUCAAACAAAACCAACACCUGAACAAAUUAUCGAACCAGUAUUACGAGCACAGGCAAUGAUUUCUCAAGUUCAUGCGGGUAUGUGGCGAAGAAAUGGAUAUUCCCUUAUAAAUCAACUUUAUUUUUAUCAUAAUGUGAAAUGUCGAACAGAAAUGUUAGAUAGAGAUAUUAUUCUACUUCAAGCUGGUGCUGCACUCAUUGAGAGUAAUGAAUUUUUAAUAUUGAUUUUAAAUAAAUUUAAUCUUCUCAAUUGGGCUGAUCCUGAAUUUGAAAUAAAUACAUUGAGAAAUCCAGAGGAGGACAGUAUUAGGCAGACUAUUAAUUUAGUGGAGGAAUUUCUUGGAUUGUUGAAUACAAUUAUUGGUGAGAGACAUGUUCCUGGUGUGGGUCAAGUUACUGAGGAUGAUCGUUUGAGAAAGGAAAUUAUUCAACAACUUUGUAUAAAACCAUUAUCACAUUCGGAACUUAAUAAAACAUUACCUGAUGAUGUACAUCAUGAAACUGGAAUGGAGAGAGUUAUAGACGAUGUGGCGAAUUUUAAGAAAUCAAUGAAAUUAUCCGGUGGUAAAGGAUUGUAUAAAUUAAAACCACAUUUAUAUCCUGAGUAUAAUAUUUUCUUUUAUCAUUAUACAAAAGAGGAACUUAGUAAAUCGGAGGAAGAGCAACGUAAACGUCGUAAGGCUGCUGGUGAAUUGGAAUGUUGCCCGCCACCACAAUUGCCAAAAUUAACCGAAUCAUUUAGUUUAGUGGCAAAUUUAUUAAAAUGUGAUGUUAUGUUUCAUAUAAUGCAAACUGUACUCGAACGUGCAUUAAAUUUACGGGCGAGAAGUUAUUCCGAGCCGCAGGUGCAUAAGAUACUUCAUUUGAUUGGUUACGCUCUACAAGAACAGGAAUCGGGGAAUUAUCCAUUUUUGAAUUUUACCAAUCGUGCAAUAAAAUGGAAUAUUUUGAAAUUAUUGGAAGAUCUUUCGAGUAGUCCGCGUAUUGAUGCGCACGCCGAUUUGCUCACUUGGGUUUUGGGUAAAUAUCGUGAAGUUGCCGGUGUUUCAGAGAAGGAACCAGUUGCAACGACAUCAACACAACAAAUUGAAGAGCCAGAGAAAAAUGGCAAGGAAUGGCGAACAAAAAUGGCAGCGCAGAAACGUGCAAAAGUCAUGGCACAAAUGGCAGCGAUGCAAAGUCAUUUUUUGAAGAAAAAUGCAAAAUUAUUUGAAGAGACAACACUUGAUAUUGAUAAUAGUGAAAGUAAAGGAUCACCGAUGGAUUUAGUUGAAUGUACGCAGGAUACAAUUGUUGCAUUGGGUCAUGGACAAACAAAUCGUUUGUGUGAUAAAAAAACAGAUACAUGUAUUCUUUGUCAGGAGGAUCAAACAGUCACGGCAUCGGGUUCUGGUCUACAAGUUAUGGUAUUGGCAGCGUUUGUUCAACAGUCAACUGUUCUUUGUCAAAAUCGUGACAAUAGUGUUGAACCGGAUCCACUUUAUUUGUCGGCAAAUUUGGGAGCAUCGCCACAUACACGUACGUGUGGUCACGUGAUGCAUGCAUUAUGUUGGCAAAAAUAUUUUGAAAUUGUUUUUAAUAAGGAAAAUAGACGACCGUAUCGAUUGAGACAGCCAUCGAGUUUUGAUGUUGAACAAUUGGAAUAUCUUUGUCCACUUUGUGAAUGUUUGAGUAAUACUAUAUUGCCAUUGAUGCCAGCAUUGGGUCAUUUGCAACCUUCUUUUCAACAACCGAAUCUCACAUUUGAAUCGUGGUUGAAUGCAUUGAAAAUUGCAUUGAGUUGUAAAAAUCAAAAAAAUGAUUCGGUGGAAUUGACAAAUGUUCAUGAUGCAACGUGUCGAUAUUGUUUGGCAGCUGUAAAACAGGGAUCAUCGGCCGAGGCAUCAUCGUCCGAGAGUGAAAUAAUUUCAUGUCCGGUGCAGAAGAUUAUUGAUCAACUUGGUGAUGAUGGAGUUGCAUUUCAAUCGCUUUAUUCAAAAUCGGGACCGAGUUUAUCGGAACAUUUGGUGUCGAUGAUACAUACUUUUGCUGAAGCAACGUAUACGAAGGGAUUGAAUGUGAUUGCACAUGGUAGAGAUCCAAGAGUGCCGCUGCUUGCUUGGAAGUCAACGGCCUUCACUAUUCAUGCAAUUGAAUGUUUAUUGAGAGAAACAGAUAAGCCGUUACUUGGUGCUUUAUCGUCGAGGCAGAGGGAUAGUUUGGAAGGUUUGGCAAGAAUUUCGGCAGUAAUGGGAUCAACGUGGACGGAUUUUUCAUCGGAAUCUGAUAGUUCAAGUAAUGAUAUGACUAUUGCGAAUCAUGCACUGGAUUAUUUGUCGAUGCUAUUGGAGAGCCCGCAGGACGGUGUUUCGAUAUAUGAUUGGGAUCCUUUUGGUCUUCUGGUUGGACUUGUCAAUUCACUGCCAAGUUUAUUCAACACGAAAAGUAAUGAGAAUCCAACACUUCUUACGGGAGGAAUUGCGGAACUUUAUGCUUUGAAACUUGUGUUUAUUGGAUUGAUUGUGAAAAUUUUAUUAACAACAAAAUUCGAGGAAGGCGAAGUAAUGGAUGUUGAUGGACAAUUGUCAGACGAUGAUGAUGAUCAUUGUAAAUCGAUAUUCAAAAUGGCUGAGACAAUGAAAAUUCCCGUUGGUAAUCAAACAGCUGCUGAAUUAUGGAGACGUGUUAAAAAUGCGUGUUUACCAUUUUUGAGAUGCUGCGUUUUAUAUUUUCAUUAUGUGACUGAUGUACCGGCAUUGAUUGAAUUAACAAGAGAAGGCGGCGAUACGUAUGAGAAUAUUUGUAAAUAUCUUGGACUUCCGAUAACGUGUGACAAAUUAUUAGACUCGGAAAUUGUUAUGCAAUUGGCGAAAGUUUGGUCUGAUCGUCCUGAUGUGAAGGAUGAACGAAUUAAAGAUGUGGCUAUUAAGGAACCAUUGAGAGUUAAUAAAUUGGUUGAUCUUCCCGAUGAUUAUAGUGAGCUGAUCAAUAUGGUAUCGUUGUUUGCAUGUCCAAAUAGUGAUCGUGAAGAUUCGAGAAAUCCAACAAUGUGUUUAGUUUGCGGUGCAAUGUUGUGCUCGCAAAGUUAUUGUUGUCAGACUGAAUUAAAUAAAAUGAUGGUCGGUGCUUGUUCAUAUCAUGCAAGUAAAUGUGGAGCUGGUGUUAGCGUUUUUCUACGUGUACGCGAAUGUGAAAUCCUCUAUAUGAGAAGUCCCAAUCGAGGCUAUUUUGCAUGUCCACCUUAUGUCGAUGAAUAUGGAGAAACUGAUCAAGGUUUACGGAGAGGGAAUCCAAUGAGACUUUGCCGAGAUAAAUAUAAACAAUUAAAUCAACUUUGGUUAGAUCAUGGACUACAUGAGGCUAUUGCAAGAGCCAUUGAAUCUUCCAACAAUCUCAUGUCAACACAAUGGCAUCAUCUAUAACUGUUUUAGUGAUCAUUACAAAUUUUAGCCUGGACGUUUAACCAAAAAAAAAAAAAAAAAAAAAAAACUAAAAAAAAAUAUUAAAACAAGAAUUAUGAUUAGUCGCUUGAAUGUUACCUCUAGAACUUGGAAAAGGGCGCAAGAAGGAAACUCAAAAGUGAAUGAAUCUGAUUGUUUUUCGAUUUUUUCUUUAAAAAAAAAAAAACAACGAUCACAGAAUUAUUAUACCAGUGAUUCUAUUAUUUGAAUUCAUUUUGCGUCCAUUUUGUUUAAUUUCAAAAUCAUUAUCGUUACAGCGUUUCAAAUUCUUUUAAAGUUUACUCAACUUUUUAUUGUGUGAAUUUAGAUAUAAAUCCAUUUACAAUUUACUAAUCAAAAAAAAAAAAAAAAAAAAAAAGAAACAGAAAAAGAGAAAGUUUUGUGAUUUGCAAACAGAGGCAUAGCUAACGAGAACUUUGGGUGUUAUUUACGGCAAUAAUUAUAAACUAAAAAUCAAAAUUUAUUUUAAGUGCGAAGUUAUAUGACAAUUAUUAAUUUAUAAUUGUUGAGUGAUUUUGAUUAUGUUGAAAAUUGUAGGAAAAAUGAAAAUUGUUUUUUAUAAGUCCCAAAUUAUAGUUUGUUAGGCCACUGUGUUAUUUGAAAAAAAAUAUUAACAACGCUUCGUUUUUCCCCUUAGCCAACUAAAAUACCCGUCCACAAAAAAUUAUAUUAUGUAUUCUUCGUUACAAUUUUGAAGAAAAAAAAUAUUUGACUUUCUUGUUAUGCUCGAUAGAGUAUUUGAGUUGCUUGGCAAAGUUAAAUUUUAGUUGAUUUCGAAUCCUAUAGAAAUGAAAUUUUAUUUUUUUUAAAUGAAAUCAUUUUUUUAGUACAAAUUGUUUUACAAUGUUUUUUUUUUGAUAAUUUUUUUGUUUAAAGAGAAUUUUCACUAAGUAUUGUCGUGUAAACGAAAAAUUAAUAGUGUAUAACAAGGAAGAUUCGAUGUAAAAUUUUUUAUAAGCAUAAUUGAUUCUUUUAAAUAUAGGAAGAAUUCUCUGUAAAUAUUAGUCAGUAUUUAUAAGAACCACAAAUUUCUUAGAGAACUUCAAUGUUAAAACUUAUUUAAUAAAAAGAAAAUAGACAAAAAUA